AUGUCUAGACCAGCCGGAAGAACUAUAUUGGCUUCAACCAUUGCCAAACCUUACCAAGAAGAGGUAACUUCAGCAGUUCAGAAAUUGACCUUCAAACCAACUUUAGUGGGACUCCUUGCAAACGAUGAUCCUGCGGCUAAAAUGUAUGCCAACUGGACUGAGAAAACUUGCGAAUCUUUAGGAUUUAACUAUCGGUUGAUUGAGAUGAAAAAAAACGAUUUAGAAUUGUCCUUGAUCAAAGCAAACAAAGAUGAUAAAGUUAAUGGUAUUAUGGUUUAUUUUCCAGUCUUUGGAGACAAACAAGACCAAUAUUUACAGCAGUUGAUCUCUCCAGAAAAGGACGUGGAGGGAUUGAACUUUUUGUACUACCACAACUUGUACCACAAUGUCAGGUUCUUAGAUCCGCCACAUAAUCAGCAAAAAUCGUUAAUACCAUGUACCGCUUUAGCAAUGGUAAAGAUCUUGGAAUACUUGGGCGUCUAUAACAAUAUUUUACAUUACGGGAAUAGAUUGUAUGGAAAGAAAAUAAUGGUUGUCAAUAGGUCAGAAAUAGUAGGGAGACCCUUGGCUGCGUUGUUGGCUAAUGACGGGGCCACUGUUUAUUCAGUUGAUAUAAACGACAUUCAACAGUUUACCCGAGGUGACGAUUUACUGGAACAUAGACAUUUAGUAAAAGAUUUGGAUAAAAAUGAAUACACUUUAGAGAAGUUGGCACCACAAUGUGACGUGAUAAUUACUGGUGUUCCAUCUGACAAGUAUAAAUUCCCCACCAAGCUCGUUAGAUAUGGAGCUAUUGUCAUCAAUUUCUCUAGCUCAAAAAACUUCCACGAUGAUAUAAAAGAGAGGGCUGCGUUGUACGUGCCAUCAAUCGGUAAAGUGACAAUCGCAAUUUUGUUAAGAAAUUUGUUGAGGUUAAUUGAUAACAAGCAAAUAAGAGAGUCUAACAAGAGUGACUAA